CGGAUGUUUCGCGACCUUGUUUCAGACAAAAUUUCCUCACCGCAGUGCCAAAAGUCAUCUCUCUAUCUCUCUAUCUCUCUUCCUAUGUGUGUUCAAUGCCGGUUGGGUUCUUGACACCAACUCGAACCGCUACCCUCUUCCCCCCUUAUAACUCAUCUCCACCUCCACCCCCCUUUCUUCUUCCUUCCUUCCUUCAUCUCUCUUCUUCUUUCUGCAUGCAUCUUUUUUCUUCUUCGUGAUUCUCGUAAUACUACUAUUCCUUCUUCAUCAUUCUCCUGAUAUGGGAAUCCCCUAAUCCCCUUUCCUCUCUCUUUUCUCAUUUAAAUCUCCUUCUUUCUACUCUCUUCCCAUUUCUCACACACUCAUCACCACUAAUAUUUACUAUUACAUGGCUCCUGCCACUAAUUGGCUUUCCUUCUCCCUUUCCCCCAUUGAAAUGCUUCGCUCUUCUGACUCCCCCUUCCUCCCUUUUGAUUCUUCCUCCUCCUCCCCCUCCCCUCACUAUCUUCUCGACAAUUUCUAUCAUGGUUGGAGUAACAAUAAUGCUGCUAAUUCUCACUCUAAAUCAUCUCAACUUUUCUUCAACAAUCAAGAAGAAGAAGCUGCUGCUGCUGCUGUCAAAGAUGACCAAACCACUAUCUUUCUUCAUCCACAAACCCAAACCCACCACCACCACCACCACCACCAUCAUCAACCCAAGCUUGAAGAUUUCCUUGGUGAUUCUUCUCCCAUGGUGCGAUAUUCUGACAGUCAAACCGACACCCAAGAUUCCUCUUUAACUCAUAUUUACGACCAUGCUUCCGCUCCUUACUUCCCUCAUGACCAACAAGAUCUCAAAACCAUUGCAGCUUUUCAAGCUUUCUCAGCCAACUCUGGCUCUGAAGUUGAUGAUUCUGCUUCUAUUCCUACAACCCAUAUCCCUUCUGCUCAUUCUAUUGACUCUUCUCUUACCAACAAUGAUUUCCCUUCUUUCUCUACUGGUGCUCUCUCUCUCGCCGUCGCUCAAUCCUCCGACACCGCUCCUGCGCCCGUCGUUGUGGCUGUUGAUUCUGAUUCUUCUAAGAAAAUUGCUGACACUUUUGGCCAGAGAACUUCCAUUUACAGAGGAGUCACUAGGCACAGAUGGACGGGUAGAUACGAAGCGCAUCUAUGGGAUAACAGCUGUAGAAGAGAGGGUCAGGCUAGGAAAGGACGUCAAGUUUACUUAGGUGGGUAUGAUAAGGAGGAAAAAGCAGCUAGGGCUUAUGAUUUGGCAGCUUUGAAGUACUGGGGUCCCACAGCAACCACAAAUUUUCCUGUUUCGAAUUAUGCCAAGGAAUUAGAGGAAAUGAAACAAGUCACCAGGCAAGAGUUUAUUGCUUCUUUGCGAAGAAAGAGCAGUGGUUUCUCGCGAGGUGCUUCUAUUUAUAGAGGUGUAACAAGGCAUCACCAACAGGGUCGAUGGCAGGCGAGAAUUGGUCGCGUUGCUGGGAACAAGGACUUGUAUCUUGGAACAUUUGCUACUGAAGAGGAAGCAGCUGAGGCUUACGAUAUAGCAGCAAUCAAGUUUAGAGGUUUGAAUGCUGUGACGAACUUUGAGAUGAGUCGAUAUGAUGUGGAAGCUAUUGCGAAGAGUGCACUGCCUAUUGGAGGAGCAGCAAAGAGGCUGAAGCUUUGCCUGGAAUCCGAUCAGAAGCCAAUUCCAAAUCACGAUCAAGCAACCCAAUGUAGCAGUGGAAGCAACAAUAUCAACUUUGGCACUGCCAUGCAAGCUGUCCCGCCGAUCCCUUGUGGCAUUCCAUACGACACUGCAGCUGUGCUGUAUCACCAUAACUACUUCCAUCAUCUUCAACCUAAUGCCAUCGGUUCAUCGGAGUCGACCAGCCCAGGCAUUGCAGUACCAGGGACUGUGGGACCUCAUCAAGCAGCCGAGUUUUUUGUGUGGCCUCACCAAUCGUAUUAGGUUUUGCAUUUUUACUGAUAUCAAUGCAAAUGCAGCUAACAAUAUGACCCAACUCUUAGUUUGAUAACGGGGCGAGGUGGAUUUUUAUCCCGAAAUGACUGUAGGUAAACUCUUGAGCCCCUUGAAAAAGGGAAGAAGAGGGUAGGGGGGAGAUCAGGGUUUUUGGUAUGGAAACUAAAGUAGCUUGUUAUUUGUAGGAAAAGCUGAAUUUUGUAAAGUUCAAUACACCUCUUCUUCAAAUAUGGUUUUUAGAACUUUUAGACAUGUUUGAAUGUGGAAAGAAAAGGCUGUAUCUCCAUCUUGUUUCACAAACAAAAAAAGGCUACUACGAUUAGAAAUAUCUUUCACAUAUAUAAUAUACCAUUGGGUAUUUUUGCUGCUUUUA